CUUGGCAAAGCUGUUUGGCAACUGCCUUCCUAUGUGCAGGCAGUUCAUGUCUAGGCUGAGAGGUGCAAUCACCAGAAUGUGGCUAAUCUGUGUGGAAAAGCCAGAGUGAGCCUGGAGAGCCAGGAGAGAUGCAGAGCAGCCAGCCAGGACUGUGCAGGGGCCAGAUGGGACAGCAAAUGGGCAGGGCAGGCAAGCCUUGGGGCUUUGAGUCUCCUCCCAGGAACACUUUGGAAAAUACUAAACUCAGAGCUGGGAGUAGUUUGAGAUACAGAAAAUGUAAAACUAGUGAAGGAGCUCAAAGUCCCAAAAGUGGUCUCAAAAUGGGUAAUUCAGUUUUUCAGGUUGAUCCUAGCUCUUGGUUCAAUCAGUGGCCAGCAAGAUGGGUAAAUGUUAUUUACUCUGUUAUUUUAUGUUCUGCCCUGUUUCUGGAGCAAACCAAUGUCCUUCACACCUCACAACUUUUAUUUCUAGCUGUACCAGUUCUGUAAGUUUGGUACGUGAGCAGCAAGGCCAUCUAGGUGACUUCCCAGAGUGCCAUAUGCUGCUGGCUAAGUCAGAUGAGCCGAGUCUAAGCUAAUUCUGUUCCUGUGCAAGUGCCAAAUCUGUAUUGAUCGUGUUCAAAUGCCACCCUUUGCGGAGCUGGAGUUGUUCAGUUGCAUGAGAACACUUGUGAAAGAAGUCCUCAGAGGCAGCAGUAUGUCAUUGUUGCUCCUGCUGCAGGCAAUCCAGGGGGAUUAGCCACAGGCAGGUGGAGGGGUGAAGAAAUUUUGUUUUCUGCUUGGUCAAGGAGACUGCAGCCCCACUUCCCCGUGCAGCUGAGCAGGGAGUGUCAGGACACUUGGGUGUCCAAAAAACUCCUGUUACCCAAUGAUCAGUUGGAGUCUUUUAUGGUCUGUGUGUGCCCCAGGCACAAAAUUAAAAGGUAGAGCCAUCCCCCAAACACCUUCAUUAUAAACUGUGAGGAAAAAUAUUAAAGGAAUAGCAGAGAACAUCAGCAUCAACAGUAUGGGGCAAGUUAAGUAGGAAAGCACAGGGUUGGUGCAUAUGAUAGCUACUGAUGAGCCUGAAUUUUCAGUAACCCCACUGCCCUUGGGCGUGCAGUCAACCCUCAGGAUUUUUUUUUUUAUUUCUCUUUCUUGCAAGAGGUUUUUUAUGAAACCAGGGCCGUGGGCAGAGAUGUUUGCCACAGCAGGAGUCAUGGCACAAGGAGGUGUAUAAUUAAUCUACAUUUUGUGUCCCUUGAAGAGGCAAUGAUUGACGGAUGUGUAGCUGCAAUAUAAUGAUGUUAUAUAUGCUUAAAAAUAAGAACACUUAAUUCUCUGGGAUGGGGAAGUAAAAGUGAUAAAGAGGGAAAGACAGCGAGUCACAGGAGCAUCAAGUGUUUUUUCUCUUUUCAGGGAGGUGCCUCAAAAGCAAGAUAAACUGAUCUCUCCUCUGUCUACACAGCAGUUGUAGAGAGACAACGUAGCUGUGUAAAUCAGAAGUAAAAUGUUAACAGUGAGUGAGGUACUGGUAUUUUUUGUGGUGUCUCUGCUGUUGAUACAGUUUCUGAAAUUGCAAUGGAUGAGAAGAAAAUUUCCUCCUGGACCAACUCCAUAUCCCUUCUUUGGAAAUCUGCUGCAGAUGAACUUCAAAAUUCAUCAUGAGCAUCUUAAAAAAAUGGCCAAAAUUCAUGGCAAUAUCUUCACCUUAUGGUUUUCAAACACUCCUGCAGUUGUCCUGCAAGGGUUUCAGGCAGUGAAGGAAGGUCUGACUGCCCGUGCUGAAGAUGUUGCUGGAAGGCCCGAAAACAGAAUCUUUCACAUUAUUACACAUGGAAAUGGUGUUAUGUUCUCUAAUGGUCAUCUCUGGAAGCAGCAGAGGCGUUUUGGAAUGGCAACAAUGAGGAAAAUGGGAGUAGGGAAAAAAGACCAGGAUUAUCUACUGCAAGAGGAGGCUGCUCACUUGGUGGAAUACUUACAGAAAACAAACGGAAAACCUCUGGACCCCACUAUGCCUGUUGUUCAUACGGUCUCAAAUGUAAUUUGUUCUAUCAUUUUUGGACAUCGUUUCUCCAGAGAUGACGAGAAUUUUCAUCGCCUGAUUGAGUCAUUUGACACCCUGGCAGCAUUUUUGAACAGCAUCUCCUUUUUUAUGUAUGAGUUGUCUCCCUGGCUUGCUGGUCAUUUUCUGCCAUCAGUUAAAAAGAUGAAGUCCUGUGUAGAUUUUAUGAAUGGUCUGUUAGCAAAGGAACUUGAAAGUCACAAAGUAAAAAGAAAACAUGAUGAAAAUCGACAUUAUAUUGAUUACUAUUUGGAUGAGAUAGAAAAAACUAAAGGAGACGCUGAUGCUACUUAUGAUGAAAGAAACUUGAUCCAGACUGUUGCUGACCUCUUUAUAGCAGGAACAGAAACUACAGCCACCACUUUACUGUGGGCACUGCUCUAUAUGGUGAUUUAUCCUGACGUUCAAGAGAAAGUCCAGAAGGAAUUGGAUGCUGUUGUGGGUUGUUCCCAUGCAUUUUGCUAUGAGGACAGGAAAAAGUUGCCCUACACAAAUGCUGUAAUUCACGAGAUCCAGCGAUACAGUAACAUACUCCUAAUUGCACUGCCCAGGCUGAGUGUGAAGGACACGGAGCUGCUGGGAUAUCGUAUUCCAAAGAACACAGUUGUUUUAGCAAAUAUUGACUCUGUUCUGGCUGAUCCUGGAAAAUGGGAGACACCUGAUCAAUUCAACCCAGGCCACUUUCUGGAUAAAGAUGGAAACUUUGUAAACAGAGAAGCAUUCUUGCCAUUUGCUAUAGGGCACCGUGUGUGCAUGGGGGAGUUGUUGGCAAGGAUGGAGCUCUUUAUUGUCUUUUGCACCUUGCUACAAGCAUUCACAUUCACCCUGCCAGAAGGAGUGAAGGAAGUCAACACCAAGUUUGUUUUUGGGAGCACAAUGAAGCCACCUCCCUACCAGCUCUGUGCCAUUCCUCGAUAGGAAACGGCAGAUUCAGGGAAGAGUCACUCUGUAAAACGGCUUCUGUAUGUGAAUUCCUUUUUGCAUGUCCUAAGGUUUUUGCUUUCCUCUUCCUUUGGUUAAUCACUACCCUGAAAGAUUCUUGACAGAGAGUUACAUCCUGAGCAUUAUAAUUAUAAAGGGUUCAUACUUUGUUCUUUUUUUUUUUUCUGUUUGGAAAAUAUUGGUAAACUUCUCCUGAUGUGUAACAAAUAAAGACAUUAAAAGAAG